AGCAGAGAACGUGUACGGACUAAGAACAAUUAUUUAACAUGCUGUUAUCUAGAGUAAUAAAAUAAAUAUAUAUAAACACUGAAUUAUCGAAUUUGUCGGGGUGACAUUGUCUAGUGGUUGUGGUCGGGAUAAAGUGCCUAACGUCCUUUCGAUUAUAUUGAUAAGUACAUAGAAAUAGAAGUUUUUAUAUUGAAGUUAUAGUGAAUAGCAUCGGUUUGUGGUUCCAAAGCAGAAUUGUGAAUAAAUUUAAACAACUUUAAAAAAACAUAAAAUGAGAAGUUUUACAAAAAGGCAGUGGUUGACAUUAAUUGCAUUCAGUAUAGCAGACUUUUUUAAUGCUAUUUGUGUUUCACUGCAGGCACCUUUUUAUCCUCAAGAGGCCGAAAGAAAAGGGUGCACAGCCACUGAAUAUGGAUUAGUAUUUGGAAUAUUCGAACUAGUCGUAUUUCUAGUCAGUCCGUUGUACGGGCAACAUUUAAACAAAAUAGGCCCCAAAAUAACCUUUAAUGGGGGUAUUUACACCACAGGAAUUUGUGCUAUACUUUUUGGACUUCUGGACAAAGUUGAUGGUCACUACCCCUUCAUCGCACUAAGCUUCAUUAUAAGAAUUAUUGAGGCUUUAGGAAAUGCGGCGUUUCUUACAGCAUCAUUCGCUAUCAUCGCAAAAGAGUUUCCAGACAACGUUGCAACGACGUUUGCCUCCUUGGAAACCUUCUUUGGAUUGGGUUUAAUAGUUGGCCCAACGGUUGGUGGAGCAUUGUUUCAAAUUGGAGGAUAUACAAUGCCUUUUGCUGUUAUGGGCACUGUACUGUUUAUGGCUGCUAUUUUUACAGCAGUUGUUUUACCUAGUCACAGCGAACCCGGUGAAGACAGAGAAACUGGACCAUCGAUAUUCAAAGUUUUGAAGAUUCCCGGCGUUCUUCUGGCAACCUUUAGCAUAGUAGUUACCAGUAUGUCGAUUGGCUUUCUGCAAGCCACCCUCGAGCCUCACCUUCGCCAGUUCAACUUAUCUCCCGUAGUAUUAGGACUCAUGUUCAUUAUAAACGGAGGCACAUACGCAAUAACAGCCCCCGGGUUCGGAUGGUUUUGUGAUAAAGUAUGCGCGCCGAAAGUAAUUACUGUAAUAGGAGCAUGCUUCGUUUGUGCAGGAUUUUCCCUUGUUGGGCCAGCUCCGUUCAUACCUUGUGAAACGAUGUUAUGGGUCACGAUUCUGGGACUUAUUCUUCACGGACUUGGAAUGGCUGCUCAACUGGUUGCGUCGUUUACAGACGCUCUAAGAACAAGUGUGGCAUAUGGUUUUCACAACAAUUUGGAAACCUUCGCGUUAAUAUCUGCUCUUUGGACUAGCUCGUUUGCUUUGGGAGCAUUCAUUGGACCGUCAAUAAGCGGUAUACUUUAUGAUAACGUUGGAUUCCGAAAUGGGAGUAUGUUCAUUUUUGCUUUACAUGCCUUCCUUGCCGUUUUUGUAACUGUAUAUUUAUUCUGCAACAAACCGUUACCGGCUUAUGCCGAACUUAAAGAUGAGAAGAUUCCCAAUGGUGAUGUUUCAACCACCGUGAACAAGCUUUCGUAUUCGGGGCUCACAGAAAGCGCAAAGAGCAUUAGAAGCGUGGGCAAUGGCAUAUCAAUAGAAAAAAGUCGUCCCGCGGGCAUGAACAGUCUGAUAGCGUGCAACAGCUACAAGAGCCAAGCGUGGCCCAAACGCGACGUAGACGCCGGUCUCCGACUUGGAAAGUACAGUCACAGUUAUGGAUCGGUAAUGAGCAACAGAAAUGGAUAUCUAGAAGGAAUGGCAUAACAUUAG